AAUCUAGCAUCAACGUCUGUAGUAAACGAUCGCCAUGAACGCUGGGGAAUUGCUCGCCAACACCCUAUCACCAGACCAGGCUACGCGUGAGGAUGCGACGAACAAGCUUGAGUCUGCGUCGCGGGAGAACUAUCCCGCGUACAUGCUCAUGCUCUCCGCGGAGCUUGUCAACGAAAAUUCCCAGGUCUUCACCAGGAACGCAGCAGGUCUCGCCCUCAAGAACGCCCUGACCGCUCGAGAGAGCUCGCGGCAGACUGAGUUCUCUAGUCGCUGGUUAGCGGUUGACAACGACACGAGGAGCAAGAUCAAGCAAGAUGUCCUCAUGGCUCUCCAUUCUCCGAGCUCAAAAGUGGGCAUCGUGGCCGCUCAAGGCGUCGCCGCCAUCGCCAAUGUCGAACUUCCCGUAGGCCAGUGGCCCGAGUUGAUCGAGAUCCUGCUCGGGUUCGUAAACAAUGCCGCAAACACCCCUCUCCGGAUCGCCACUCUUAAUGCAAUCGGUUAUAUCUGCGAAUCAAUAGACCCUGACGUUUUGGCCGUUCGCGCAAAUGAGAUUUUGACCGCUGUCGUCCACGGCGCUAGGAAGGAUGAGCCUUCGCCUGAAGUGCAGCUUGCUGCUAUCCAGGCGCUGUAUAACUCUCUGAGCUUCAUCCGUGACAACUUCGAACGCGAGGGCGAGCGGAAUUAUAUUAUGCAGGUCGUCUGUGAGGCCACACAAAACCCAUCCAUCCCAGUCCAAGUGGCUGCUUUUGAGUGUCUCGUGCGCAUCAUGAACCUUUAUUACGACAAGAUGGCUUUCUAUAUGGAACGUGCUCUGUUCGGCCUCACCGUUAUGGGUAUGAAAUCUUCCGAAGAGCAAGUUGCACUCCAGGCCAUCGAGUUCUGGACCGCAGUUGCUGAAGACGAGACGAACAUGGAGUCCGAAUGGCAAGAAGCCCAAGAUGGACUGAUCGACGCAGAGAUCGAGGAACCAAAGUAUUUCUCCCGUAUCGCCCUGCCAGAAAUAAUCCCCGUCAUUCUCAUGCUGCUCACCCGCCAAGACGAGGACGCCGACGAGGACGAAUGGAAUGUCGCCAUGGCCGCUGGCACCUGUCUCAACUGGCUCGCUCAGGCCGUGCACGACCCCAUCGUCCCCGCUGUCAUCUCGUUCAUCGAAGCCAACAUCAAGUCGCAGGACUGGCAUCAGCGCGAGGCUGCCGUCAUGGCCUUCGGUGCGAUUCUUGUCGGCCCAGACCCCAGCGUUUUGACGCCACUCGUCAACCAGGCUCUGCCUAUUCUCAUUGACAUGAUGAGCGACUCGAAUGUCCAUGUGAAGGACACGACGGCGUGGACGCUUGGCAGGAUCUGCGAGGUGUUGUUGCAGUGUAUCAAGCCCGACGUGCAUCUGCACCCGCUCGUUUCAGCUCUGGUGAACGGAUUGUCAGACAGUCCUAGGAUCAUAGCCAACUGCUGUUGGGCGCUCCAGCAGCUUGUCGAAGGGCUUACGAUCGCGUACGGCGAUGAAGAAGGGGCCACCGGAUUGCUCUCGCCAUACUUCGAGGGCACCGUUACCGCACUUAUGCGUGUUACUGAGACUGCUGGGAACGAGUCGAACUUCCGCACGGCUGCGUAUGAGGCCAUCACGUCGUUCGUCACAAACGCCACGGCGGAUGUUAAAGGAGUCGUCGAGAAUGUCAUUAUGACCACCUUGAACCGAAUGGACCAUCUUCUCGGUGUUCAGAACCAAAUUUUGGGUAUGGACGAUCGGAAUAAUUGGAACGACCUGCAGAGCAACCUUUGCAGCGUCACUGUCAGUGUGGUCCGCAAGCUCAACGAAGGCAUCCUACCAUUGGCCGACCAAAUCAUGACCCUAGUCCUGCGGCUCAUUCAAUCCGCAGGCAAGGCUUCCACCAUCCUUGAAGACGCUUUCCUAGUCGUCGGUUCUCUGGCAGCAGCCAUCGAAAGCAAAUUUGCGCCCUACAUGCAAGCCUUCCUCCCCUUCCUCUACCCAGCCCUCAAAGCCUAUGACGACACCCAACUCUGCACCGUCGCCGUCGGCAUCAUCGGCGAUAUCACCCGCGCCGUGGGCGACCAGUCGGCACAGUACGCGAGCGCGUUCGUCACUGUUUUGCUCGAGAACCUGUCGAGCGAAGUCCUCAACCGGAACGUGAAGAUCUCGAUCCUAGCGUGCUUUGGUGAUAUCGCGCUGGCGAUCGGGCCAGAGUUUGAGCCAUAUUUAGACACGGCGAUGACGGUGCUUAGGCAGGCAUCUUUGCUUCAGCCUAACCCGUUGGACUAUGAUUCGAUUGACUAUGUCACUCAAUUGCGGGAAGGUAUCCUCGAUGCACACACCGGGAUCGUCACUGGGUUCAAGAACACCGAGAAAGUCCACCUGCUCAUCCCAUACGUUCCUGCCAUUCUCGAGCUCGUCAAUCUCAUCCUUGCCGAUGAGAACAGCGGCGAGCCACUAGAGAAGGCCGCCUUCGGCAUCGUCGGCGACCUGGGCGACGCGUUCCCAAACGGGGAGAUCAAGCAGUAUUUGUUGCAGGAUUGGUUGCAUGCUCUGCUUUACAGCAAGCAGAGAUAUACGUCAGACACGAAGAAGACGAUAAGGUGGGCGAGAGAGAUGGUCAAGCGGGCGACGGCAUAGAUGCUUCGAUGCCUAUGGCGACGAGCGCAUGGUCGUUAAACACCCCGGUUAGUUUUGAAGGUUUCGAGAUUUGGUGGGUGUUGGGUGGUUCUAUGUUGUGUUUGUCUGUUUGGCGUCCUUGUUCUCGUUUGUUCUACGCUUUCAACGCUUGUUGCACGCUUCUUCUUUCGGUCCACCCUUUGAUACAGUUUCUGUCUGCCUUCUUUUUCUUUCGCCCCAUCCUGUUCUGUCAUCAUCAUUCAUCUUGUGCAUGCAUCUCAUCUUUAUAUCACUUUUCUUCUUUUUGCACCCAUUUCUGUUUUCGCGGGAGAGUUCUUACGUUUCGUUUUCUCUUUCUGUUAUGCAGUAGGGGCCAUGGCGAUGCGCGAGAGCGCGCUCGCCGUGACAAGCUCCAAUAAAGGUAGGUCCGUAGCAGUGCGUCCGGUUGUGGUAUAUGUCUAUGUGUCUCCUUUACCCCUCGUACGAAGUGCGUACUAUAUGUGUUUUAGAGGAUUAUGAACGAACCCUCCUUCCCUCUUCCCUUUACUUACUCCUCCGCCCUCGAGAUUAUGACCGUGAAUUCCAAUUGGUUGUGUUCUUCUCUUUGUCGUCCUGGCCCUCCUUCCCCGCUUUGAUCACCAUCCCAAUUGUAUCCAUUUUUUUCUCUGGUUCAAAUGCUGCUUCGUGUGGGAACAGGCUGUCACUUUCUUUCUUGACCUGAGUCCUACCGUGACGUCCACUAGUCGUUCACCAUUCGAAUUCAAGGGAGGACUAUGCCGACGCUUCCUUGUCUGUGGCCUUGUAAACCCUUUGUAUACCUUCGCACCUCUUCAGGGUUCCCCGUUGAGCUCCUUCGGACGUCAUUCGC